UUCCUAGUCGGUAUAAACGGAAGUAAACAGUAACUAAGAACAAUUUCCACGUUAGCGUUUUUGUUGUUAUUUAGACGUUUAUUAACACCAUGGAACUCAAACUAUGACUCAUUUAACUGCACAGCAUCACAUACUUACCCCAUGUAGUAUUUAAUCCGCGUUGGAAACAGGACUUGAUUAAUAGAGGUUAGCUAUCUAGGUAACGCUACCUAGCUGCUAAGUUAGUUAACAAUGGCUGCUAACUGUAUGGUUUUUCACACUCAAAUAGCCUCCAUAAUGGAGGUUCUAGCGAAUGCAGCCGUGGCAGAGGUCUGUAAACUCGUUGACGACGACUAUGCAGUGUUUCGGUUGGAAAUAACUCACAGCCAAAAAGAAAACAGUGCAUUGCGGAGGAAACUACAGCUUCUGGAACUGAAAUUGUCACGGGAGCGCGCAGAGAGGACAAUGCGAGAGCGCGUCCUCGCCAGUCGUCCCAGAAGUGUCAAGGUCCUCGACCGAUACAGAGGAAUGGCAAGAGGUGAAGGAGAUCUCACUGGAGGCCACAGGAGCUUUGUGAAGCCAGCUGGACACAAUACAUGGAGAGAUGACCAAACAAUCACUGUUGAUGAGGGGAUUCGAACCUCAACCCAGCACGUUAUUGUGAUAGAGGAUACAGAGGCUGCAGGUCCUGGGGUCAAGCUUGAGAGGUCUGAAGGAGAGGAGGACCCACAGCACAGCAGAGACAUCCAGACUGCAGCAGCUGGAGCUUCCCCUGAAGCCAUGGAGGACCUCGCCGCCGCACCCCAGCCCAGGACCCAACGCAGCAUCACGGAGGAGGAGAGUCCAGAGGUGCUGCUGGUGAAGGAGGAUGGUUGUGAGGAGAGUCUGGGGAACCCUGAGGGGACCAUGGUCAUGGAAAACAACCAAACAACACCUCCUCCUGAACCCACAGAGGAACCAGCUGAGCAGCACAGGACCCCACACAGUCUCACUGAGCAAGUAGACAUGGAGGAUGGGAAGCCUGAUCUGCUGCUUGUCAAAGAGGAGACAAUAGAAUACGGACCAGAGAGCAUUGACCUGCUGAGUGGACUAAAGGUGGGGGAGCAAGGUGGUUGGCUGGAGGAUUACAGAGGAGACUGGGCGGCCAUCUUGGAUUCCCAGACCCAGACGGGUGCAGCCAAGAGCCAGGGGGAUGACAUCACCGAGCAGGCCAGGACCAGAGGCAACAUAGUGGAGGUCAGUGGAUGGGACAGCAUCCUCAACUCUAGGCUGAGGAACAACACUGUUAACCACAACCAGAAAAAGACAAUCGAACACAAAACAACAACCAAAUUUAGUGUCCAUGACAACAGACUAGCUGAGGCCAGGAUGAGACAUAGAUUUGGUCCGGGGGGACGGGGAGGUGUCCGUAUGCAGCUGGAGAGAACAGACACAGACUCGGCUAGUGAUGCUCCUUCCUGCUCCUAUAGUUGUGAUUCAGAGAGACUGAUGGCGCCUCAGGUUAACCCCCUAACAGAUUCUGCCUUCAGCCUGCCUUCUAUAGGAUCUAUCAACUGGAACAUGGACCCUGGGACAACACAGACACUCCCUGGCCUUUGUUCUCCUCACACUCCCCUAAUGUUAAACCAGACCUCAGACAAUGCCAGUGCCUCAACACUGAGUGGCUACACAAGCCCAUUGACAAAUGACAGUAGUAGAGAUGGAAUCAGUAAAGGUGGCAGCGCCAAAGAAAAGCACUUCCCGUGUUCGUUCUGUGGGAAAGUCUUCAGUUUCCCCAAACAGGUGGCGAUCCACCAGAGGAUGCACACGGGGGAGAAACCGUUCGGCUGCCACCUGUGCCGGGCCAGUUUUUCAGACUCGUCCAACCUGAAGAGGCACCAGAGGGUCCACACAGGGGAGAAACCCUACAGCUGCCCCCAGUGUGAGAAGAGGUUCUCCCACCAGCCCCAUCUGAAGAGGCACCUGAAGAUCCACACUGGAGAGAAGCCGUUUGCCUGUACGCACUGCGGGAAGAGGUUCUCAGAGAGGGGCUACCUCAGAAUACACCAGCAGAAAAUGCACACCGCCCAUGUAUAGAGUAUAGUGACAUGUAAUGUAGUACUAGUUAGUUUGUUUGUAGUUAAUUCUGUUGAUUUUGGAUGUAUAGUGAACUGGAUGAGGUGAACUGAGGAGAGAAUGAGUGUGAUGAGGCAGAGUAGAUGAUAUGGUGAUGGUUGGUGUGAUGGUGUCUGUACAAAUGCUUCACUGAUGAAGUGACAAUUUUGUCCUGUUCUUUGUUGUUAGUGUUUAUUUAUGAGGCAAUUAUAGUGCCCUAAUAGUACUUCAUUUUAUGUGAAUGUUGUGAUAAUUUUGUUUAAAUGAAAUACAAAAUUGACUCUG